CCUGUCUUUCAACUAAGCUUUCCGGCGAAAACGCCGGUCUCUGUAGGCAUUUAGAGUCUUCGGCUCCUGUGAGGGUCGGCUCUCUCGAACCUUUGAAGCUCUUUGGGCUGGGGCCGCGGGGCUCCAGGGCCGUGCCCUUACCGACACCAUGGCUCGAAAUGCAGAAAAGGCCAUGACAGCCUUAGCAAGAUUUCGCCAGGCCCAGCUGGAAGAGGGAAAAGUGAAGGAACGAAGACCUUUCCUAGCCUCAGAAUGUACUGAGCUGCCCAAAGCUGAGAAGUGGAGACGACAGAUAAUUGGAGAGAUCUCUAAAAAAGUGGCUCAGAUUCAGAAUGCUGGUUUAGGUGAAUUCCGAAUUCGUGACCUGAAUGACGAAAUUAACAAGUUGCUAAGAGAGAAAGGACACUGGGAGGUCCGGAUAAAGGAGCUGGGCGGUCCUGAUUAUGGAAAAGUUGGCCCUAAAAUGCUGGAUCAUGAAGGAAAAGAAGUCCCGGGAAACCGAGGUUACAAGUACUUUGGCGCAGCAAAAGAUUUGCCUGGUGUUAGAGAACUGUUUGAAAAAGAACCUCUUCCUCCUCCCAGAAAGACCCGUGCUGAGCUCAUGAAGGCAAUCGAUUUUGAGUACUAUGGUUACCUGGAUGAAGAUGAUGGUGUUAUCGUGCCUUUGGAACAGGAAUAUGAAAGGAAACUCAGAGCCGAGUUAGUGGACAAAUGGAAAGCAGAGAGAGAAGCUCGGCUAGCCAGAGGAGAAAAGGAAGAAGAGGAGGAAGAGGAGGAAGAGAUCAACAUCUAUGCCGUCACCGAGGAAGAGUCUGAUGAGGAAGGCAGCCAGGAGAAAGGAGGGGAUGAUGGCCAGCAGAAGUUCAUCGCGCACGUCCCAGUGCCCUCGCAGCAGGAGAUUGAGGAGGCGCUCGUGCGAAGGAAGAAAAUGGAACUCCUCCAGAAGUAUGCAAGUGAGACCCUGCAGGCCCAGAGUGAAGAAGCCAGAAGGCUCUUGGGAUACUAGGGCCAAGCUGGGCUCUCCUUGGACUAUGGAGGUCUGGUGGGAGUCCUCCCAUCUACUCCCAGUGGCCCCACAGGACCACCGCCCCCGCCAGCACCCUGGGCUGCAGAUAGGUGGGCUGGUGCUGUAAGGUUUCUUGCUUUUCUCAUCCUUUGUUCCUCUCUUGCCUUUUCUUACCUCAUUUGCUGAGAGUGGGAAUCUGUCUUUGCAGCCAUCAACUUUGUACAAAUAUUUUGCUACUAUAGGAACCCAUUUAUUUUAUUUUCGAGUGUGUAAAACAGGUUGCACACUGGCUGCCUGUUCACAUUCUAUUGUGACUUUAGGGGAACAAUAAUCAAUUAGUGGCUAACAUUAAGAAAUGCAAUUUGGCUGGGUGUAUUGGCUCACACCUAUAAUCCCAGCACCUUGGGAGGCCGAGGUGAGAGGAUUGCCUG